GUGAAAUAAAAAUAAAAAAUGUAAGUUAUAAUGAUCAGAACAUGAAAAUUGAAUGGACAGAACCUGAGUCGCCGGUGGGAAAAGUAGCCUACGACCUAAGCAUUAAACCAAAAUCACCAAUCAGUUACGAUUGUAGCCCCAACAACACAAUAAUUCAGAAAACUACUGAGGAUGUUGUAUUCGAAACUCCCGUAAUGCCUUAUUAUAAUUACGAAAUUACUAUUACUCCAAGUACAGAUGUAGGAGCUGGAAAAUCUGUAGUUAAAGAGGAUAAAUCGCCUCCUAGUGAAUCGGAUGUAGUGGCUCAUAUAGGUCACUCAAUAGCAAACAAAAGUACCACCCAAGAUUACAAUACAGAAGUAACAGUAACGUUUGGUAAACCAUGCAGAUUUAAUGACGAAUUCCACUCGUACGUGAUUGAAUAUAUUGGAACAAGAAACAACUUCGAAAAGGAUAGUCAUACUGAAGAAAUAUUAGAAGUGGAUAUCACUUAUGUUUACUCAAAGUUGAAACCACAAUACGACUAUACUGUUAGUGUGGUUGUUAAAACAGAAAAUUUCGAAAGCAAGGCUGUACAAGAAAAGUUUUCAGCACCAGCUGGAGUGCCAAUAAUUAAAAGUGAAAUAAUAAACAUGACCGAAGUGACUUUGAAGGAAUACAAUUUGGCGGAGUUCACCCUGAAGAAAUCGUUUUUCGAUGACACAAACGGUGAUAUAGUAUAUUGCGCAAUUAUUUUGUCAGAAAAGCAGAUUCCGACAGCAGGAAAAUAUGCAUAUUGGGGCGGAACAAGUGACUAUUGGCCCGAAACUGGGUCUGACAAUACCACCUACGUCACUGAUAAGAUGUGGAAUCCUUUUACAGAUUCCAAUCAGGUACAAGUGUCUAUUGGUGAUAAGAUUGAAUUGAAUGAAAAAACCACUUAUUACUUUGUUGUAAGGGCGUUCACCAAAACUGCAUUCAUAGAUUCAAUGAACAUUAAUUUUACGACGGAUGAAGAGGAAUCGUCACAAUUGGCCAUAAUUUUGGGCGCAACUUUCGGCGGUUUGGCUAUUCUCAUUCUUUUAGUUGUCGGAAUUCUUUGGAAACUAGGAAAAUUACCUUUCAAUAAAUCAAAAGCGGUAAUCCAAGAAGUACGUCGUAAAACUGCAGAAAAAAUCUCAACAACUGAAAAAAAUGAAGGGAACAUCUGAAAAACCUGAAGAAAAUACUGAAAUUAAAGGCGACGUAGAUAGUUUGAAAGCUGUAGAUUUAUAAAUUUAAUCAUUUAAGUUUGGAAAAUAACCGAUGGUAUUAUAAUCUAAUGUUAAAAAAUUAUCUAUCACAUGUAUAUAUUAGUUUUAUUAAUAAACCCCAUUUAGAUUCUA